ACGAAUUCACGGCCUCUCAACAGUAGCAACGGGCCGCUGAAAAAAAAUGGCGAGAUACCUCAGGCCUCCGAAUACAUCUCUUUUUGUCAGAAACAUCGCCGACGAGUCCAGAAUGGUAAAGAUACAGGUAUGGAGACCCCACACCAAAGAAAGUUGAAAGGCGGUUGUAGAGUAGAUUCAAGCCAAAGACAUCCAGGCGACAAGCAGUAGUGGAAUUUGGAAAAUAAAGACAGAGCAAAAGCAUGAAGAUACAAAGAGGACAAAAAAGAGAGCUUCCAGGCUUCCAUUUGUCUACCAAAGGGAGGAAAAGAAAAGUGUUUAUUGGGCAAAGACAAGCAGGAAACCUCAAGUUCUUCUGCCAAGGCUAUAAAGAUCAAGCUGAAGGUCAAGCAUGUUAAAGGUAACAAGCCAGAUUUUUUCAUGUUUGAAGAUGUCCGGGAUGCAGAAGAUGCUCUUCACAACCUGGAUCGUAAAUGGGUUUGCGGGCGCCAGAUUGAGAUCCAGUUUGCACAGGGAGACCGCAAGACCCCUAAUCAGAUGAAGGCCAAGGAGCGCCACUCCCCUCGCAGUUUCUCUCGCUAUGAGGAUGAUCGGGAUACCCGCAGAAGACGCUCCCGGAGUCGCAGUUAUGAUCGCCGCAGGUCCCGGAGCCCUUCUUUUGACCGUCGCCCUCGGAGGUCUGAGAGCCCUAGAGACUCUCGAUCCUACAGCCGACACAGACGAAGCAGAAGCCAUGAAAAUAACAAGCACAAAGCUCCUCCCAGUGACCACCACAGAACGCACCAUGAAACAGCCUCACACUCCACCUCCCGCUCCCCAUCAGCGUCCAGGUCAAGACCAAAAGGUAAAAAGAGCCAGUCCAGGUCUCACAGUCCUGCCGAAGACUUCCACCCAUCCCAGAAACAGUCUGUCAGGAGAUCCCCAUCACGCUCCUACUCUAGAUCCAUGUCCCGGUCACGCUCUCGCUCCAGGUCCUGGGCUGGACGCAAGUCUGGAGGCCACUGACAGACUGUUCUCCAAAGCCCUGUUUAUGUUUCUCUAGAGGUUUCUGUUUAAUGUUCACCUCUAGCCAUUUUUGGACAUGCAUUACUUCACAUUGUUGGCUUCAUUAAUCUGGUUAAUGAUUAAUUAACUGGUUAAUGAUGUUCUGUUACGUUCCUCCCAGGUUUUUUUUUUUGUUUGUUGUUUUUUCCCCAGACGUACAAGCAGCAGUGACAGGAGAACCACAGUAUGUAUGCACAAGAUUUUUGCUUUUGUAGCUACAAGCAUUAUCAGUAUUGACUCUAGCAUGUAUAACAUUUGGUUCCCUCUGCCAUUGUUGCUAUUAUUACUAAGAGUUUUGUGUUUGCUGCUGAGAACUGCACCAAUUCCCUCCCACACAGAGAGAGAAGGCUAGCUUCUGGAUUGGGAAAGUAUGUAACAGAAGAAUACCUUAAAGUUAUUGUAAAUUUAAAGAAAAAAAAUGAUUGGAUAUAAGCUACUACUGUAGUGAGCUAUGGAACUCAUGCAGAGCAAUGAUUUUGUGCGUCACUAUCUAUCAAUGCAACUGCAUGCACUCAAAGUUGAAUGCUUCAAGGUCCAACUGUGUUAAGAACUGCUGUUGUGACCUUUAUGAAGAGACCAGGGUGCAAGUAGACAUGUUAAAAGGUUGUAUUUAUAGAAAGGUGUGCAUGUGUCAAAGGAGUCCUGUGCUUCCUGCUUUCAUUUCUUAUUUGAAUACGGAGGAAUCUUUUGCCAAAGGUAAAUAAACAAUUUUGUUAUGUUUGUAAGAAAAGCACAUUUGGCUCCUGCUUUUUUUUUUUUUUUUGGUACAUGUGUUAAACUGAAGGCUCUGCCAGUAUUCACAACAUGCCCUGGUCUUAAAUGUCUGGUUUAAUUUCAGCAGGCCAACUUGUAUACUAUAGUUAUUGUAAUUGCUGUGACAAUGAAAGAGAUGCUGAUACAGCUGGUACCCAAUAAUAGAGUCAUUUUGUUAUGUAAUAACAUACUAAAGAUAAGAAUCAAUUGUUUUUCGUGUCCCUAAGUAACUCCCUUGUUUAAACUGUUAUACCUGAUAUCUUUUGACAAUAAAUACAUUCUUACACUGGUCUAGUUGAACAAGCUGUGUUGUAAAGGUAGUGUCAAACAAGUGUUACUAUAUCAAGUCAAAAAUACUCAAACACAAAGUAGGGGGGUAGGGGAGGGGAUUUAAUUUUUUGUUUUAGUUUUUUUUUUUUUUUUUUCAUUCAAGUUUUUCAUCAAUUCAAAGAGUGCUUUCUUGUUUUACAUUUUGUAACAAAUUAACACCAAUUGUAAACAGGGCACAUUUCAUUGUUCUUGGUGACCUUUCAUCCGAGGGACAAAUUAAAAAGCCAAUUCACUGAAAGAUUUAAAUUUUGAAUAUGGAGACUGCCAUGCAUGAUUUAGUCUGGGCAAGAAAAAAAAAGUUUACGUGAACCAAGAAAAGGCAGUAAUUAAAAUAAUAGACAUUUUCAAUUGUCAGCAGGCGGAAGAACAGCCAAGAACCGAAAAUGUCUGGAAAAUAUUUGGUCAACUUGGGAAUUUCCACCAAUGAUUAUGGUCAGUUUCAGUAUGAGUUUUAACUUAGGCACACAGUUUUUCUUUUUUGUAAAAAAUAAAACAAAAUAAUAAAAAAAAGGGUUAUGCUUACACGCCAUUGUAAGCACAUUCACAACUCAAAUCUAUACAUAUGCAAGUCUCCUAGAGUCCAAUUGGGAGUUUUUUUUUUCUAUUUUACUUGUUUUUCCCAUUUAGCAUCUUUCAACCUACACUGCACAAUACACAAUAAAAAAAUGUGCAAUAACUCUGGAAAGAUCAGAGUGUAGGGGUACUGAUAGAUGCUGUAGGCAGCUUUUUUUUUUUUUUUUAACAAAAAUAUUCUUCAGUAUUGAAGUCAAGACAUGACCUUAGCAUGUCUCAUACAUUCAGUGUUAUUACUAAAAAUACUUUUGUCAAACAGGCCACAAACUUGGCCUGCAAAUGUACAUAUGCUACAAGUGUUUUAUACAGUUCAUUAUUUACAUGGCUCUUGAACUCACAAGCUUUCAUACUUUGUUUUGUCAUCUUUAAGCUGGCCAUAAAUGGCUCCAAUUCUGCAAAGGGAAAGCAAAGAGCCUCAACAGAGAACUGAAAGAGAAUCCAUAGAAGAUAGUCAAUUACGCCUCCGUUAAUUGAACAGCAUCCUGGCCUGUAACUUAUGAAAAAAAGAAAACAGUCUGAUUGCAGUGCAGAAGGUUAAGGGACAGAAGUGCAAGAGACAACGGGCAGCAAGUGUCUGUUGAUUAUGGGGUAGUUAACCAUUGAGACUUAAUUUGUAAACACAAACACCAGCCUCCUGUCUCACAUCGAGGCGCUUGGGCCGCUUCAGAAACGUUCCUCAGCUCUGUCUCGCCUUGUGCACAAAAGCAUACAGCCAACAGGACCAGGCAAUGUGGGGUUUUUUUUGAGAAAACGAAACUCAGUAGUCCCACAUUUAAGCAAGGCCCCCUUCCGCAUGUUGGAGCUGCAGGCACUGUCCUGAAGAGGCAGAGACUGAGGAGCAGUAACGGUACUGAUCAGAACAGAUGAACAGGUGAUCAAGGAGAUGUCAAACCAUUCACCUCGAGUUGGCAAGUGGAAAUGGCAACACUGCCAUCCGCCCAAAUGUCCAAAAAAAGAAAAGCAAAACAUUGCUUUGGUUAUACACAGCACAUUAUACAUCUUUCAACAACCACAACAGAAAGCACUUAUACAAAAUAAUGCUAUGAUAAGAGUGCUGUAGACCUUGGACACACUCAACUCCAAGUGCAUGUGCGCACAGCGCAGUAAAAAAGGGUACGUGAGUUGGUGGUCCAAAGCCAGUGUGCCAUGGUCUCUUACUACCCUUCGUUUGAGGUUAUACCAUUAACCUGUAGUUACACUACAGCUCAUCUCCUGUAAAAUAGCUUUUUUUCCCUGCAGAACUGCAGUUGAGUGCCUUCUUUAGCCAAACAAUGAAUGUGAUAUAUAAACAACAGUGGGCCCUUGAUUAAAAAAAAUAACAUUGCUACAAAUAUGAACCUGCUUUAGCACCUAAAGCUUAAGGAGAUAACUCCAAAGAUCAUUCUUCAUAGAAAUAUAAAUGAAACACCAUGUCUGUCCAAAGAAGUGGACCGUAAAAGUGAUGGGAAUUUACCUGACUAAUGUUACCAUCCUUGUUUGGGGAAAAAAAGCACACUCAAUCUGCCUUGGCAGCCACGAUUAAAAAUAACAAAACAAAACAUAAGUACAAAGAAUAUCCAGUUUGUCAUAGUCACAGAAAC